ACCAAAAACACAAACAAUGUCGAUCUGAACAAUGUAAUACAACUCGAAUGUAAUCUUACAUAAAUUCAAUGGGGAAAAAAAAUUGAUUCUAAGAUCCAACUAAGCAUAUCUAAUCUGAUCUCUCAUAUAAUAAUAAAAAAAAUGGAACAUACAUAUAAUAUAUCUAUGGCCACUAAGAAACAUCAGCGUGUAUAUGUAUAAAUAUGGCACAGGAAGGAAGGAGCCGAAUCUAGGCGGCGUAGGGUCCUCCGUUGGCGGCGGCGCCGGUUUCUUGCUCGGCCUUGUUCUUCUUCUUCUCCCUGUGGUCCCCGAUCUGUUUAAUGAUUUCCAAGAGAACGGCGAGGGCGGCGAGGGCGAUGAUCACCACCGUGUAAGCCCGCUUCCAGUUCCUCUGCCCGCCGAGCGCGUCAAACCCCUUGUACACAUUGGCGACGCCGAGCGCGAUCACGGCGUACCCCACCCCGCGGUGGUACAAGCUCCAAUAAAUCCUGUAUUUGUGCUUCGGGUUGGGCCUUAUCAGCAAGGCCAGAACCUGGAGAGUGCCCAGCGUGAACAGGGUGAUCCCGAUGUUCCGGUGGGUCGUGUGGGUUAUCCCCUUGGAGUCCGAUCCCAGCUUCAUUCCGGUGCCCCAUCCGGCCACCCCCACGCCGUAGCCGGCGAGCUGGCAGGCCACGUGGAGGUAGAACCACGCCGGAUCGAAGGAUUUCAUGUGCCGGGCGAUCACAGCCCCCAUCGGCAUCAGUACCCCCCAGCUCACCGCGUUCAACACGCCGUGGACCUGAAGAAAAGAAAGAAAUCAUCGAAUUCGGUUAUUAUANCGCAUAACAGAGGUGGUGCCGCCGCCAUCUCCGCCGGCGCUCUGUCCGGUGGCGAAGUCCACGCUUCCGGUAGAUUUGACGUUGUCUCCGGUGGUGCGGUGAAUGGAAGGGAUGCCGCCGGAGAUGGGGCCGUCUUGCCAGACGGUGUUGAACCGGGUCCGGUUCGCGGGGAGGAAGAGGGUGGCGAAGAUUGUGGUCUCCCCCUUGGCGAACACGGCGGAGAGAUUGCGGACGCGGAAGCUGAGAUUCCCCUGCCGAAGCUGCGUGCCGUAGCCGCUGAUUGCGGUGGUGUAGGCGCGGACGCUGCCGUUGGAACUGGGAACGGCCACCAGGCACUGGGCCCCCGCCAUCCCGGAUCCGCCGAGGUUGAGCGCCCAGGCCACCCAGGUGGAGGCGGUGACGCUUCCGUGGCGGUACGCGAUGUCGGCGGUGUGGUUGCUCCGGUGGUAGGUCCAGUGGAGGAAGGAGUCGAGCACCGGGAGGCGGAUACAGCCGGCGAAUCUGGCGCCGUUGGAGAAAACGUGACCGGAGCAGUUCUGGGCGUACGAGGAAGAAGCCCCCGACAGGGCCAGAGCAAUCAAGAACAGAACGAUCAUCCCACAACGCUUACCCAUCCUCGCAGGUUGCCGGGAGCACGCCGGAAAGACGCCGGAAGGAAAUUGAAAUUGAUUGAAGUUCAAGUCAAGAAUAGAAUUGGUUGGGUGAUGGGUAGGACUGAGUAAUGAAUUUGGGGGAAGCUGCCUUUUAUAGACUUUUUUUCUAAUAUUUAGAUUUUCUAAUAGGAUUAGGAGAAGAAAUAUUGAGUAAAUGA